CAUCCACACCACAGAAAGCGUCCACCACAGUCACAGCAACACAUCGCAAUUACCAAACACCCAGCCCUGCAACAAAGACAACCGCAGUCAUGUCCGGCCCUCGCCGAAGCACCACUCCCGGUCGGGUGACGUCUUCGCUUCCCCUCAGCUCCGUAAUCUUCUACGGCUUGGGCGCCGGUCUCGUCGGCGUCACCAUGAUGACCCUCGCCGAAAAGUCCGAACAGCUCUUCACCUCCCGUCCUAACUCGUACGUGCCAGCACGCACGCUCGAGCGGCUGCUCUCCGUGCGCGCCUCGACCGACACGGAGCUGUUCGGGCUCAACAUGGCGAUGCACUACGGGCAGGGCGCGGCGGCGGGCGUGAUUCGGGCGCUGAUGAGCUGGAACGGGAUCCGGGGACCCUUUGCCGACCUGAUCUUUGUCGGAGUCCGCUUACUGAUCGACCAGACGCUGGAGAACUGGACGGGCGUGGGGGCGCUGCCGUGGACGUGGCCGGUCAACGAGCAGGUGAUUGAUAUCCUGCACAAGACGGUGUUUGCGGUGGCGACGGGGUGGGCGGUUGAUCGGUGGUUGGUUAAAUGAGGAGAUUGUUGGUGAGAGCUAGGUAUGUUCAGUACCAAAUUAUGGAAGGUUUGAAACUUCACAAGAGCUGGUUGAAUUGAUUCGUUAAACAGGAUAUCAUAACAGCAAGGUAAAUAUGUUAUUGGCGAUGGGAGCCUAUAACGCGUGAGAAAAGACGAUGAAGAACGGGAAAGUGAUUGCAGACAAAAAGGAAGAGACAUUGAAGUCAGCUAUAAACUGGCAUGAAGAAACAUGCGAAAGGCGAAAAAGAAAACCAUCAUCCAGAAGACGGAAAAGGAAAGUUGCAAAAAAGAGAAACUUGCUCCUUCGGUAAGGAUCGAACUUACAGCCUCCAGAUUAACAGU